AUGCGACGAAGAGGAAGGCGGGCCCGUGAAUACCUACGCACCGUUCCAUCUCCCCGUGCAAUUACGGCCUGUGCUGGCGGAACGAAUAGGCACUAUGAAUCCUCAAUCUUCUGCAUCCCUCCAUUUCUCGGCCCGCUAUUGUUCGACAACACAGACAGCGACGCCCGCGACCACUGUGCCAAUGAACGAACAUUCCUCUCCUACCUCCGCCUCUCAAUCUACAUGUCCAUCGUCGCCAUCGCCAUCGUCGUCUCCUUCCACCUAAAAUCGGAACCCACAAAUCUCGAGCUGCGAAUGGCGAAACCCCUCGGGAUAAUAUUCUGGUUCUUAUCGCUGUGUUGUCUGGCGCUGGGGUUCGGGAAUUAUGUCAAGACGGUCGAGAAGUAUUCGAGGAGGAUGGCGAUCGUGCAGACUGGGUGGAAGACGCAGAGUGUCCUCACCCUCGUUGCUUUCUCAAUCGUGGCGGUGUGCGUACUCUUUCUAGCGACGAAUUCUAAAAGAUCUUAAGGCCUUGUUUCACAUUAAAAGCGCCAAAACGGGUAGAUUGCAUAGCGUGGGGUUUGAAGAUGUGGGGGUUACAACCGAUUAGUUUUACGCACGUCUAAUGUCUUGUCUAUGAUACCACUUCCUCCUCCAAAAUUUACUUACAGAUGAAAGCUCCAUAGGUCAAUAAUAGAGAUCCAUUCAAAAUUUCCAGCAUGUGGGUGUUUUUGUUUCCCCAAGACCCAAGCCUACACUGCAAGGAGC